AUGGAUAACGGUAAACGUCAACGGUUAGGAGAAGAUCAAAACCCAAUGAUACAAAUGGCCAAAAAACAAAAACAAGAAGAUAAAGACGAGUGGAGUAGAGCAAUGAGAACUCGAUCAAACAUUGGCAAGGGACAGCAGUUAUCACAUUACUUGACGAAAGAGCAUCAGCUUUAUUUGAUACUACUAAUACGUUAUUUUUCGAUAUGUAUCAUAAGAAAAAUUGGUGGAAAUCAAGAAUUAGCACUACCAUUAACUACGUGUUCAUGUCAAGAAAAUAUAAUCGCACAUUCAUCAAGUAGAAGGAUUACCAGUAAACAAGAGGAAAGUAGUAAUUUAAAAGCUCAAAUCAAACAACAACCAGCGACUGAUGGAAGCCUUGUAUGGAAAAUAAUAGAUGUUAACGAUAAACUAAAUGCUGCUCGAUCAGGUCAACAACCAUAUCUUCAUUCACCACCUUUUUUCUCAUCACCCACUGGCUAUAAAAUGUGUGCUCGUCUAUACUUAAAUGGUGAUGAUGAACAACUAAACAUUGAUGAAAUAUUCCAUCCAGAUUCAAAAAAUCCAAAUAUUUGUGGUAAACCUUGUUUUGAUACAAAUGAGCCUAUUGGUAUACCUCAGUUUUACCCAUUAGAUUUAUUGCGACAAAAAUAUAUAAAGGAUGAUACUCUUCCUUAA